CCAAUCAAAGUGGACUCCUUUUUCUGAGUAGGCGGUACAAGGGUGAAACCUUGCUGGCCAUAUGAGACAGGAUGUGUCCUAAGAAGGAAAUCUCCUUUUGAAACAACUCACACUUUUUGGCUUUGAGGAGGAACCCUCCAGCCCUGACUCUAUUAAGGAAGGCUUCCAGCCGUUGCAACAUUUGUUCGAAGUUGUCUCCAGCUAUGCAGACAUCAUCCAGGGGUACUGGACGUGCGUUCUGUUUGAUGGGUGGAUGGUCGUCGGUGUCUAUUCUGAAUUUCAUCCAUGGGCAUCGACCAAAUGUGAAGUUGUCUGGUGCAAAUACAUCGUGGUGUCUGCGAAUGAGUUUUUCUACUUCUACCUUCUGUUCUGGUGGCAUGGCAGUGGCUUUGAUCAUGGCAUCUAAGUCUGCAGACCGUCAGGCUGGCGAUGACCGGUCUGGCUGUCAAGCUGGCGAUGAUCAGCCCCCUCCGCUCUUGCCUGAGACGUCACUGUGUGGCAUGUCGUUUCCGGAGGUGAAGCAGAAGUGGACAGUUUCCUUUCCGACUCCGGAGGACGACUAUACCCAUUAAUCGUCAUGGCAAGCAACGCGUCA